GACUUGUGUUGACUUCCUGUCUUCGCAGUGUUGUUUAAAAAGCGGCGGUUUGCGGCUCCGACAACUUUUCUUAAAUCAUUAGAAGACCCUUUUGUCUUCGAAAAGAAAUAAGGAACCCUGGCGUGUUUUGUGCGGUCAUGGAGCAGCGGAUGUUCCCAGAGAAAGGUGGUCUUCUGGGUAAACUGGCCCCCGGAGAGAAGAAACUAGAUGGAAGAACAUUCUAUCUGGAUAGAAUAAAGAAGCGCUCCGCAGCCCUCCUACUGGAAGCCAUAACUUUAUUUGGAGGGAAAAUUGAAAGUUUUCUGCACAAGGAUGUAGAUUUUGUUGUCACCGGAUGCCUAGAAGAACUAGAGCAGAAGGCAUCAGACAGUAAAACUAAAAGAGAUGAAUCUACUCCCGCCAAACAGCAAGAGAGUGUACUGAAAGAAGGCAGACAAAAGCAGGCGACUCCCAAGCCUCCCUUAAAUGUGUGUGGCAGUCGUGGGAAGGCUCUGCUAGAAAAGGCCAUUCUUAAUAAUGAGCGGCUGCAGAAGAGCAGUGUUUUGACCAAUGCCCGGUCAUGGGGAGUAAAGAUUCUGUAUGCAGAUGAUGUCCUUUUAUACCUUAAGCAGUUGUCUCGAGAAAGUUUGGACACUAAAUCUAAGAAGUCACAGAAAGUUUACACCAAACAAAUUCCAAAUGUUGUAAAAGCUGCACCCCUGAGGUCUCCAUAUCUCAAAGUUGAAGACUCAAGCAGAAAAUACAAGCCUCUACACGUGCAGUCCAUGAACUUCCCCAGUCUGUACUACUCUGGACGUUACAGCCCCUUUGAGUGCCCUCCACCUCCUUGCUUUGACAAAUGGAAAGGACAAGAAGAGAAGAAAGACAUUGAAAAUCUCAAGGUCACAGUCAGCACUGAGAACAAAAGCCAGACUCCUCUCAGCUGUAACCCUUCUCCAUGGAGGCGACGCAAAAAGGAUGUGGCGUAUUGUGAAUGCUGCCGCCAAACCUACAAAAACCAGGAGGAGCAUUUACAAACUGACCAACACCGUACGUUUGUGUUGGAGUCAUCCAACUACAGCGUGGUUGAUCAACUUGUACCUGCUAUGGCUCCUGGUUUUGACCCUGAUCCUCCAUCACAACCUCAAGAACUCAAUGGAUUUUGCCAAACUUCUCCAAACCACGAUGCAUGUGAACUAGAACCACUGACAGAUCUGGAAACUGAAGAUGCUGUCAAAGAGCUGAAAGACUCAAAUUUUACUGGUAACAUUCCCAUACUCAUCAGUGACACCGUGUCACCUCCUCCCGGAAUCCAGCCUCCCACAGCCAAUCAAAACAUGGAAGUCUCUGAUGGUACUCCUGAUGCUGAUGCUAAAACUUUGAGUCCUGCUAUGCCUGUUUUAGAAAAGAUGCCAAGAGACCCAUCUGUUUCAGAGCCACACCUAGAUACAAAGCCCCUAUCUCCUUGCCCUGUUAAUCUGUGUCUCAACCCUGACCCUUUCCCACCAAUACUAAGUCCCCAACUACCUGAUUUACACUCGCAUAGCUCAUAUAUGGAGGCCCCCAUUUUAAGCCCUCAACUUUUAACUUCACAGGAACCUAAACAUGAGUCUAUAGUUCAAAUAGACAAUCUGUUUAGUGUUUCUCAAUCUGUUAUUUUGAAUGCACAUCACAGUUUGACCAGUGUUAGAAGUUCUGUGAAAUUACCGGAGAAGAACCAACCGGAAAUUAAAGUUUGUUAUAAUAUCUGUGAGCGCAGGUCUCGUUCACUACCUCGUCAGACAACAAUGACGCUAAAUACGAAAAAGCGCAGUAGGUCGGCUAGUCCUGAAUACAGCACAAGCAAAAGGAGGAGGACGAAUGAAUUUGGUGGGUACGCAGAAACAAAAAAUGGACAGAAAUCUGAAAUCACAAAAGAUAAGUACUUGUUAUUUUUUGAAAGUGCAACUAGUAAAAUAGUUCGAUCUUUUCCUCAGCCAGCCACAACAUUUCAGAGUUAUUGCACAAUAGAAAACCAGGACUCUACACAGGCUCUUGGUACUUUUACUGUCCCUCAAAUGAACAUUGCAGCUCAGUGGCAGCCAUCUUUAAAACCACUUCUUUUUAACACACUAGUUUCAAUCCCUGACAAAUGUCAACAUAUUCUUUCAAGUCAAAACUCUGAACACUCAAAUUCCCACUCAACUUCGGUCUGUAUCGAAUCAGCUCUCAUCCCAGACAUGGCGGCCCUCUCCUCCUCCUCCUCGGAGUCUGACUGGGAUUGUGAGUUACUAUCCCGGCUAGGUCGCUUUGGGAAAGCCCCAACCUCCAAAGAAACCAAUGGGGAACUGGACAAAGACCUACUGCACCAGCCCUGCCCCUGGAAGCACAACAGCAGCUACGAGUCCCGCCUCCAGGACGUCCUGCAGCCAACAACGCAGCCAAUCACAGUGGACUCCUCUGCUUUCUCCAGGACUGUGGUACAGAUUGUAGAGGUGCUGCAUUGAAAGCAUUGGUGAAGAAUUUAUUAGAUUUUUUUUAAUUGAAAUUAAAUAACCUCCCAAACUGCACCACCAAGAGACCAGUAUUAUCAUCAUUAUCUUUUUUGGUUGUUGCAACAAGUUGUCUCAUCAGAUGCCCUUUCUGUCACACCUUUCUCAAUUAAUAUACUUCGCUGUAAACCUGCCUAAGGUGGGGACCUUUUCAGUUAUCCAGAUUUGGGAGGGGCAGACACUGGAUUAUGAAUUACUGAUUUACCAUGCUAUUGGUAGCACUUCAUCUCAUAGAUAUCCUAUAAAGCGCAUGUGAAUUAAAUAUUUCUUACAAUGUAUAAAUAUAUUUUAGAAAUUAACUUUUUUCUUUUUACUAUUUGACUGUUACAUGAAGCCACUAUAUCUCAGUACAUUUGAUAUACCUGUGUACUGUGCAUCUUAUUGAAUUUUGUGCAUGUCUUUGAGCAGCUAUUUCCAGGAAGACACAGCAGUAUUGAGAUUUUAAUGAGGCUUUUUUUUUGAAGGGGCAUUACUCAAUUACUGUAAGUGCUGUGCCUGGAUGUGAUCCCACAAGCACCGUGUUGAUGGUCAAAUAUGAGACAAAAAGUCAUUCCUUUCAGAGGUAGAGGAGAACAUGGGAAGGGCGGAUGCUCUAGGCUUUUCAUAUAGGGGCUCCAGAGGUGUUCUCCUGUCUGAAGACAAAAGGUAUAGGGCACCUGUCCCCCCAAUGAUAUGCCAUUUAACACAAUGUAAUGAAAAUAGAUAGGUGUUUUGUGGGAAUAGUGACUCAGGAAAACAUUUGAGUGUGUGAUGUUUUUGAAUAAAUUAUUUUAACAUG